UGAGGGCUUUGCGGUAGCCAUGUCGAUGCCUCUGGCUGUGGCGGUCGAGAACGGCCUCGGGGCGAAGGGAGCGGGGCCACCGGAGCCGCUGGAGCUGUGCGGUGCCUGCCGGGAACGGCUCAGCCCCCAGCGGGAGCCGUGGUUGCUGCCCUGCCUGCACUCCGUGUGCCGGGAGUGCCUCGGAACCACGCCGGGAGCCGCCGGCAGCGAGGGGCAGGUGUUCGAUUGCCCCGUGUGCCACCAGCAGUGUCCCCUCAGUGACAUCAUGGAGAACUUCUUCCUGCAGGACAGCGGGGCUGGGACAGCCUUGGGCCAGGGCAGUGGGCAGACCUGCACCAACUGCGAGGACAACGCAGCGGCCACCAGCUUCUGCCUGGAGUGUGCAGAACCGCUGUGUGACACCUGCGUGGAGGCCCACCAGAGGGUCAGGUACACCCGGGACCACACCGUGCGGGCCUUGGGCGGGCUGGGGCCGAGCCCGGGGCCGUGCCGCGCGCACCCGACGGAGCCGCUGGCUCUGUUCUGCAGCACAUGUGACACCCUCACCUGCCGGGCCUGUCACCUGGGCAGCCACCGCGACCACCCCUCUCAGCCCCUGGAGGACGCCGUGCGCCGGCAGCGCUCGGUGCUGGCCGCGCUGCUGCAACGCCUCAGUGACAAACACGCCGUGCUGCAGCGCUCCACCAAGGAGCUGCAUGCCUUCAUCCGGCGGGUGACAGACGUGCAGAAGCGCGUGCAGGUGGAGGUGAAGAUGGCCGUGCUGCAGAUCAUGAAGGAGCUUAACAAGCGUGGCAAGGUGCUGGUCAGCGACGCCCAGCGGGUGACCGAGGGGCGGCAGGAGCAGCUGGAGCGGCAGCACCGUGCCCUGAGCAGGGCGCAGCGGCAGCAGGAGCACGUCCUGCGCUUCGCGGCGCGAGCCCUCGACAGCCCCCACGGCACCGCCCUGCUGCUCUCCAGGAGGCUGAUCCACUCGCAGCUGCUCCGGGCACUCCGGGUCACUGUGGAGCCCCUGGAGCCCCAGGGGGACAUGAAAUUCCAGUGGGACCUGCAGGCCUGGACCAAGAGCGCCGAGAGCUUCGGCACCAUCAUUUCGGAGCAUCCCCUCCCCCCUUCGCUGAGCCCCCCGCCCUUGCUGAGCCCCCCCGCUGCCAGCCCCCGGGACCCCUCCCCCACCUCGCAGGCCACGGUGAUUAGUGGGGGACAGGUGACCCCCGAGCUGCUCCUGCAGGAGCAGGAGCCCCACUGGGCUCCUGAGAGCCCUGAGUGUCCCCCCCAGCUGUCCCCCCCCCACCUGGACCCACAGCCACCUGAGACCCCCGAACUGGCCACCAGCCCCCCUGAAAACAGCGUCACUGGAAUGAGGAGGAGGAAACCAGGGAGUUCUCCCAACGAGGAGAAGUUCGUUAAGAAGCUGCUCAUUAAGCGGAGGGGCCCCCCCGGGGCCCAGGACAGCCCCCGGCUCCCCAAGGUGCCGCGGGUGAGCCUGGAGCGCCUGGAGCUGGACCUGGAGCUGGACCCGGCGCAGCCGCCUAUGUUCCGCAUCUUCCCGGGGCCCUCGGCUGAGGAGUUCAGCGUCAUCGUCAUCGAGCAGGGGAGAGCGGGGACACCGGGGGCAGCAGGGACGAUGCAGCCACACAGAGCCUUCCCUGUCAAGGAGGAACAGCAGGAGUCGCCCAUCGGAGACAUCAGGGACACCAAACCUGUGGGGCUGCUGCCCCCUCCCCCAGGGGAGCCAGGCCCUGUCCCGGGCUCCUCCCCAGGCCUGGGGCUCCCGGUGGUCCCGGCAGGACUCCCGGUGGCCCCAGCAGGACUCCCAGUGGGGGUCCCAGGGCUCCUGGGGGUCUCAUGCUGCCGCGUGUGCGGCCAGGCCGGGGCCGUGGUGAUGUGUGAUUGCUGCCAGCGCUGCUUCCACCUGCACUGCCACCUGCCUGCCCUGCAGGAUGUGCCCAGCCCCGAGUGGACGUGUUUGCUGUGCCAGGAGCUGCCUCCACCCAGCCUGGACAUGGAGCAGGGGUCCCCCCUCAAGAUGAGCCCCCAGGACCAGCAGAGGUGCGAGUUCGUCCUCCUGGAGCUGCUGUGCCACGAGCCCUGCCGGCCCCUGCAUCGCCUCUCCAGCUCCCCGGAUGGCCGAGACGCCAUCGACCUCACGCUGAUGCGGGCACGACUGCAGGAGAAGCUGAGCCCCCACUACCGCAGCCCCGAGGAGUUCGCCCGCGAUGGCUGGCAGCUGCUGCGGCAGUUCCACCGCCUCACCGAGGUUUGGGGACCCCCUGAGGGUCUUGGGGGAGUUCUUGGGGGGAUCCAGCCUCUCUGGAAUUCCCCAUUUUUCCCCCAGGACAAGGCUGACGUCCAGUCAAUCCUGGAGCUGCAGCGUUUCCUUGAGAGCCGCCUCAGCGCCGUCUUCGGGGACCAGAAGUUCUCACGGCUCCUGCUGGAUCCCGAGGAAUCCCUGGAGAUGUUCCCAGUGUCCUAAUUCCCCCUCCCUGGGGGGCUGAAACCCCUCCCAGGACCCCUGUUUCCCCCUGGGUCCUGGUAUCUUCCCCCUCCACAGUUCUGUUUUCCCCCUGCACCCUGCCCCAGAGCCUUCCAGGACAUGGGGAUGUCCCUGUCCCCCUGAGGUCAGUUGGAAAAAUACAGACCUGUCUC